CCGAGUGUGGGCGGCGCGAGGUGCCUGCGGGACCCCGGGCCCGGAGCUGUUCGCCCCUGCUACUCCGGUGUCCCUUCUGCGGAACGCUGGGCUCCAGGACUCGCUUCUGUUGCCAGCGUAGACGUGUUCCCGGAGCUGGUUCGCCGUGUCCCGGACAGGCGGGGCCAGCAUCAGCCGACCAAUUCCCGGGAGUGUCCAGCAGGGGGCGCGAGGACUCGGCGACUGUUCAGUGUGUCCACCGGGAGGCGCUGCAGCCCGCCGCUGGCUGUCGGGCUGUGCGGAGUGCGACCCGUAAAUUAGCCCCUCCUCCACGGGAGAGGCAGGGUGAAACUAUUUGCAUAAUCUUGAAAGAGCCUUUCUGACUGGUUAGGGUGUAGAAGCCGAAUGUGAAACGGUGCCUCUCAUUGGCUUCAUUUUCUUCUCGCUUGGCGUCCCUCCCUAUUCCUGCCCCUCUGGACCCAGAGGUCAAUCGGAAACUCCUGGCUAGUGGCGAGAAGAGGACCCCGGUGUCCCGGCAGUGGGCGCCCAAGGGAAUUGGAAAUGGGCAACCUGGAGAGGUGCAUCUGGGGACGUGAAUGGCUCUGAGACCCUUGCCGCCUGCCUUUCCUCCCACCCAUGGCCACGCUGGUGGUCCUCGCCACUCUGGGUCCAUUGACGCUGCCUUGAGAGUUGCUCCAAAGUAGGACUCCAGGGCUUGGAGCGGCAUGGGCACCGAGAAGGAAGAGCCCGACUGCCAGAGACAGUUCCAGGCAGCCGUCAGCGUCAUCCAGAACCUGCCUAAGAAUGGCUCGUACCGCCCCUCCUAUGAGGAGAUGCUGCGAUUCUACAGCUACUACAAGCAGGCUACCAUGGGGCCCUGCCUGGUUCCCCGGCCUGGGUUCUGGGACCCCAUUGGACGUUACAAGUGGGAUGCCUGGAACAGCCUGGGCAAGAUGAGCAGGAGGGAAGCCAUGUCCGCCUACAUCUCUGAGAUGAAGCUGGUAGCACAGAAGGUGAUCGACACAGUGCCCCUGGGCGAGGUGGCAGAGGAUAUGUUUGGCUAUUUCGAGCCCCUGUACCAGGUGAUCCCUGACAUGCCGAGGCCCCCAGACACCUUCCUGAGAAGGGUCACAGGUUGGAAAGAGCCUGUGCUGCAUAGAGACCAUCAGACUGCUCCAGAGCCUUCUUGUCUCCCCAAGGAGCCAGUACCUCCAAGUCCAGAGUCCCCGCCACCCAGGGACUUGGAGCUGGAGGUUUUCUGUGACUCCCUGGAGCAGCUGGAACCAGAGUUGGUGAGACCGGCUCUCUUGUCUCCUGUUCCCGCUGUGUCAGAGCUGCCCCACCUCCACCCUGAAACCUGGGACUCAUCUCAGCAGGUUUGGGCAGAGCAGAGGGGAGCCGCUGGCAGAGAGAGGGACACCAGAAGCAGCCCUGAGUCCCCCAGUGAGAAAGAGGGGUCGGAAGGCAGCCUGAUGGGGCCCCAGGAAUUGGACAGGUGGCUGGUGGGGACAGUCCGGGCCAUGCAGGAAAGCAUGAGGAAUGUCCAGAGGAGACUGCAGAGCCUGGAGAGCCAGCCCCAGCCACGUGAGCAGAGGCCACCCAGGACUCGGCUUUGGCCCCUGGGGCUUUCGGCUCCCACGCUGCUCUUCUUUAUCCUGUGGCCCUUCGUUGUCCAGUGGCUCUUCCGACAGUUUCGGACCCAGAAGAGGUGACUAAAGAAAAGGGUCUCUCUAGCAACCGAGAAGGCUUUGAGGAGUCCGCACACGUCCUGCUGUAUCCUGAGCCUCCCUAGGGUUAGGGAAACAGCAUUAGAAAUCCCCCUCCUGCCCUCCUUCACCCUGGCACUCCCUCCUUUAGUGGGGACCCCAUAAAGCCCCACCUUCCCCUACAGCUCGCACCCACGCCCAGGUCCCCAGGCUGUCGGGCUGCCUGCUGUCCUGGUGCACAUCCUAGCCCUGGGGUUGGCGGUGAGCACCCUCCGACCCCACCCGCUGGGUCACCUGACUUUGCUCCCGCCGAGCGCUUGGGCAAGUUGGGACUUGGACCUGGCCUGAAGACUGAUUGGCUGGAAGGUUACAGGAAAGACUGGAGCCCGGAGGACCGGGGAGGAGUGUGCAGGCUGGGGGCUGGGACGCCCCGCACGCACGCACAAGUACACAUCGCGCUCAGGACUUCACUGAAGAUUCACGUGCAACUGAACGCUUCAUUAAACAAAAGAAAACCUCA